AUGAAUGAUGAAAAUAAUAUUUCUUCAAUGAGUUUAGAACAAAAUCUUUUACCUUAUCUUCUAUCUAUUAGUGCUAGUCAUAAUAAUAUAGAUAAAUUAUCAAAUUAUAUUAACGAAUAUCCAAAUUUACAAGUAUUUUAUUGUUUUUAUUGUAAUAAUCAUUGUUUAUCACAUAUAGCUGCUAUUAAAAAAGAUCGAUGGAAUUUUUCAACUUUAGAUUCUGCAUUUAUUUAUAAACAUAAUCAUAUUAUUCAUUUUAUUAAACAACAAAAGAUUUAUCUUUUUUUAACAUUGUCUGCAUCAAAUUAUGAUAGAAGAACAUCAAUGGAUCUAGCUACAGCUUAUGGACAUAUUGAUGUUAUUUAG